AUGGCCACCGUGACUUCUCGGGACUACCUCGUAGAACUGAACAACUACUGCCGGUCUCAUAGCCUGGUACCAGUCUGGUCUACGAGCGAGCCUGAGCCUGCGAUCGGCCCUUUUCGUAAAGCCGAACAUACUGUCGACUUGAUAAUAUCUGGCGAGAUAGUUGCCUCUGGGACUGGUACCACCAGGAAUAAAGCAAAGCAAGCCGCGGCUUACAAUUAUUUGAGCACGCCAGUACAUGGAUCAUGA